GAUUUUAAUCACAAACCUACAAUGUGAUAGUUUAACAAUUAUAUAUCGAGACAUUGAAUGUGUCUAUCAUCGAUGGCCCUACCUUGUAGCUGGGACUUGGGAGUGUGGCUGCUGAUUGGGAAGGUAGCUGAAUGUCAAAUUGUCAACACUGUUUUGAUAUCUGAUUGUUCGUACUGUCACUAUAUCUUGCCAAAAGAAAGUAUUUUCAAAAUUUAUUCAAAAAGAGAUAACGAGGAUUUGGGGAGGCGAUUUUGAUCCCAUGCCCUGGUAGAGAAGACGAGGAGACGAAAUGGAUCCGAUGGGAAACGACGAGCUGGAAUUUUGCGAAAACAUCGCCCUCACUGUCCAAAGGUUCAGACCCUUGUCUACAGCCCUCACCGGUGGAUUUCAACUUUUACUUACGAUCAGUUUGGGCUUCUUAGCUUUAUUUCUGCAUGUUAGUAAAUACACAAUUGAUAAACCAUGCAAUGAUUUUGCCAUUAUCCUAUUAAGUCAAGCAGCUUUCUGGGCAAUAUCACUAAUCAUAGACCAUUAUUAUAAGUAUAGACAUCAUUUUUUACAACUCGAUGGGCAUUUUACAUUUUAUAAACAAAUAAGCCGUAUUGCCAAUCUUUUAUUGGCCGCUAUAUCAAUAUGGAAUGCUAUAAUACUCAUUUUGUUGGCGAUACUUUACAUGGUAAAACAGGAGGACUCGUUAUUCUGUGAAGGGCGAGGAAAUGGUUCUCCAUUUUUUUACUUAUGUAUUGCUGUAAUACUUGAAUCAGUGGCUUGCAUUGGUAUUCUUUUAACAUACCUGGUUAGGGUUAGUAAUUUCAACAGUACUAAACCUUUGACUGACAUUGAUCACUAUGAAUGCAGAAUUUCGGAUCCCGGAGUUGACUAUGAAGUUGGUUACAGGUUUCAAGGUGAGGCUAUUUCAGACUUACUGGAGAAGUAUGUAAACCUACUCAAUUAUUAUAAGUCUGCAAAUGAUGAACUAUGCAGAGUUCUCAAAAAUUUGCAAAAUGUUAGAUAAUUGUAUCAUUGUUAUGACAAAUGUGUGUAUAUAAAAUAUGUGUGUCUAAAAUAAAAUUUUCUUCAUUAAAAAUAUUUUAAAUUAAAUAUUAUGAUAAUUAAUUCCUUUGUAUGUUGGUUUAACAUUACCUUACUGGUUAUAAUACCAGGACAAAAGUACUUUACAAAAGUAGAUGUUAAUACGUAAUUACGAGUGUAGAAAAAUAUUGUGACUUUUUUAUGUUAUAAAAUACAUGGCUUUUUAUAAAUAUAUAUGUGGCAAAUAAUA